CUCGUGUCAAUUAUUCGCAAUCUUAGUGGCAACGCCGAACAGGUAGCCAUCUUUCUUUCUUUCCCCAACUUCACGACCGCGUGGACGUCGCUACGUAAAAGGGAACAACAGGCUACAAAAUGACCAACUCAAAGGGUUAUCGUCGCGGCACCAGAGACAUGUUCUCUCGCCCCUUCCGCAAGCAUGGUGUCAUCCCACUGGGCACAUACAUGCGCGUCUUCAAGAAUGGCGAUAUCGUCGACAUCAAGGGACACGGUGCCGUACAGAAGGGCAUGCCCUACAAGGCCUACCAUGGCAAGACUGGACGUAUCUUCAAUGUCACACAACACGCCGUUGGUGUCAUUGUAAACAAACGUGUGCGCGGCAAGGUUCUAGCCAAGCGCAUCAAUGUCCGCAUCGAGCAUGUGCAUCACUCCAAGUGCCGUGAGGAUUUCCUGCGCCGCGUCAAGGAGAACGAGCGUCUGCUUAAGGAGGCCAAGGCAAAGGGACAAUGGGUUACCCUGAAGCGUCAACCCGAGCAGCCUAAGAAGGCCCAUUUCGUCAAGAAACUGGAGGAACCCAUCGCUCUGGCGCCAAUCCCAUACGAGUUCGUUGCUUAAACAACCUAAGCGAAGAUAUAAGGUGUUUUGUUUACAUAUUGUAAUUAUGUAGAUUGGUUGAUUCCAAUAUAAGUUUAAAUAGAA